UUACUUUUUGGGUUUGUUUAUCUCUUUCAAUUAACAGUUUCUGAACAAAUUGCGAUAUGCAAAAGAAGGAGCAAGAGAUAUUAUGGAUAGAACUUGUGCUGACUUGCCAUGGCAAGUAUGGCUUGAAGUUGAUGGGAGAGACAUUGAGAUUCCCAAGGAUUCUGAGGGCUUAAUUGUGCUCAAUAUUGGGAGCUAUAUGGGUGGAGUAGAUCUUUGGAAAAAUGGUUAUGAGCACGAUGAUGAUUUUAGUCUGCAAUCCAUGCAUGAUAAAAUGCUGGAGGUGGUAUGUGUAUGUGGAGCAUGGCACCUAGGAAAACUUCAGGUAUAGGAUAUUUUAAUCUUAUGCGCUUCUGAAAUAUCAAAUCAAGUCUUUAUAAUGACAUUAAUUUUGUGAAAUUAUUCUACAGGUUCAAUACUAAAUCACAAAAAAUAUUUUUUCUUAUAAUUAUAAAUUAAUGAUGUGAAUACGUUUAGGUAAGUUGUUGAGGUGUUAUUUCUUU